AUGAAAGUUCAUUUUAAUAAUAAAAAUUUCCAAUAUCUUGUAAUAUUAUAUUUAUUAAUAAAUAUAUUUCAUAUAAAUAAAUGUUUUUCAAAGAAACAAUAUGUAUAUAAACAAUAUCAAUAUCCAGAUUGUACAGGUGAAUUAUAUUAUCAAAGAGCAUUAAUUGCAUCGAAUGAAUAUUGUUUCAGAACAUUAUGGUUUCAUUUUGCAAAAUUAACAUGUGAAAGAUCAUCAAUGGGUAAUAAAACAGAUGCUGAUUGUUAUGUCUCUGAAAAUUGUGAUUGCGACUCUGACGAUUGUAAAAUUUAUUAUAAAUUUGAUGAGUGUAUUAAUGGUACAAAAAUUGUUCAUGAAAGAGUUAAUUAUAUUGAAAAAGAUUAUUGUGUAAUUUCAGAAGGAAAUAAUCCAAUUCAAAUUGGUAAAUAUAAACCAGAUGGUGUAUCAGUUGUAAUUAGAGAUAAAUGUUUUGAAGGUACAAAAAUGGAUUGUGAUUUAUUGGAUUUUGUUUUUAUAGAUUGUGAAACUAAUAUGGUAUUAGAUUCAUCUCCAACAUUAUCAUUAGCAAUUCAGUUAACUCCAUAUGGAAAUAUAAGUUUCUAUUUAGGUGAAUUAGGAUUUCUCACUGCUCCAACUUAUUAUGGAAAUUCAAAUUCAAUUUUAAAUAAUCAUUCAUUAUUUUUAAAUAAUUUUGUAUUAUUAUUUAUUAUAUUAUUUCUAACUUUUAUUAAUUAUUGA